CGUCAAUACACUAUCUACACUUCCCGCACUGUUCCUCAUCGACAAAGUCGGACGUAAGCCGCUCCUGCUCUGUGGCGCUGCAGGAACUUUCAUUUCGCUGGUCAUUGUUGGUGGAGUCAUUGGCGAAUACGGUGACACGCUCCGAGAUCAUUCUGCAGCAGGCUGGACGGGCAUCGCUUUUGUCUACAUCUAAGACGUCAACUUCUCGUACUCAUAGGCACCUAUCGGCCGGGUCUUGCCGUCAGAGAUUUACAAUCCCGGUAACAGAUCGAAAGCCAUGUCGCUCACCACCUCAUCCACUUGGAUGUGCAACUUCAUCAUUGGUCUUGUCACACCUGACAUAAUCGAGUCAAUCGGCUACGGCACGUACCUGUUCUUCGCGGCCUUCGCGCUGAUCGCGUUUGCUUUUACUUGGUUCAUCAUUCCGCGGACAAAGGGGAAGUAGCUUGAAAGAUAGACGCUGCGUUUGGUGAUACUACAGCGCACGAAGAGAAGAUCAGACUGUAUCCUAUCGCGGCAAGUCUAGGACUUGAGGAGGCGGAAGCGGCUGCUGAUGACGAGAACCUGGAGAAGCCAGUGCAGUUGGAGACUACAAAGGUGUGAAUGUCUCGCAGUCCUUCAGCAACUGGUAUUGGUCGCGUUUCGGAGGG